GCCGCAGUGGUUCCUCGAGGCUCAGUGUCCUUGUGCGGAAAUGACACACGGUCCCGUCACGUCACGCGAGAGCGCAGCGCGCGGCGGACCCUCUCGCACACGCACACACACACACACACAAAGAGCUAAGGGGGAGGGGAAAGACACGAGAGCCAGCCACGGCCGAUCUUUUAAAACACGCCACCCACCCGAGACCAAGGGGCCGGGUACCCCCACCCUCCUUUUUCCACAGUGCCUAAGAAGGACCCAGAAGAAGAGAAUAUGAAUUCUGCUGAAUUAUUUGAUGAUGAAGACAAUGCUGAAGUUAUUAUCAAAAAUAUUAUGAAAGUAGAAAUGGACAAAGAAGAUGAAGUCCUAGAUUGCUCUGUGAUCUCAAGACCUGAAAAAAACUCACUGGAUGGUUUAGUGACUUGCCUACAAGACACCAACAAACGAAAACGGACUUCAUUUGGUUGUGAUGGCUCAGGAAGCCACCAAGAAAUUCUACCAAGUGUGAAAAAAAGAGGCCUUGCACAAGAGGGGCUUAUUUCAAACUCGAAGCACAGAGAUGAGUCACCCCGAGAAGAUGUGGAACAGCCAAACAAGAGCAAGAAUCAGAGCGUAACAUGGACUUGUGAAGAAGAAGCCUUGAAUAACACAGUCAUGCCAUCAUAUAAGAAACCUCUGUAUGGGAUCUCACACAAAAUUACAGAGAAGAAGACAUUGCCAGGAACCGAGCAGUUCACAUCCUAUGAGUUGUUUGAAAAGGUUAAUCCUAGCAGUCCCUCCAAUCUUCGGACUUUGAAUGAGCAGCGGAAAAGAGAUACAAAUGCUAUUACAGCUACAGAGUCUGAUCCAAAUAUAUAUUCUUUGAUACAAAAAAUGUUUUACACACUGAAUACCUUAAAUUCCAAUAUGACUCAACUUCACAGCAAAGUUGACUUGCUAUCACUAGAAGUCAGUAGAAUUAAAAAGCAUGUCAGCCCGAUAGAUACAGUAGCAGAAUUCAGGCCACCUCCUGAAUACCAACUGACUGCCUCAGAACUCAAACAGAUAAUGGAUCAGAGUACAUCAGGUGGUGAUUUGGCCUGCCGAUUACUUGUACAACUUUUCCCAGAGCUCUUCAAUGAGGAUGAGUUAAGCAGAGCCUGUAGUACGUGUGGUUAUCUUAACAAAAAAAAACUUGAGUCAUUACAUUUGCAACUCAUAAGAAAUUAUGUGGAAGUCUGUUAUCCUUCUGUGAAGAAUACUGCUGUUUGGCAGGCAGAGUGUUUGCCUCAGGUCAAUGACUUUUUCAACACCUUUUGGGCUCAGAGGGACAUGGAAAAUAGCCAGCCAGAUACACAGUCCUCCAGUUUUUAUGAGACUGAUCAGGUCAUUGAUGAUAAGGAAGAUGAAGAAGCGCCUCUGCCCAUUGAGAGGACUAAUUCCAUUGCCUCUGAAUGGGUAUUUGAUGCUCAGGAUAUAAAUGAAUUUUUAGAUGAAGCAUCUUCUCCUGGGGAAUUUUGUGUCUUUUUGCUACACCGAUUGUUUCCAGAACUCUUUGAUCACAGAAAGUUAGCUGAAAGAUACAGUUGUUAUGGAGAAUGUGGGAAACAAGAGCUGGAUCCUCAGCGACUUCAGGUAAUCCGCAGGUACACAGAGAUUUAUUUUCCUGCUAUGCAGGAGAGAAAGGCUUGGCUACAGCAUUGUGUUCAACGAAUAAAUGAUGAACUCGAAAGUAUGUAUCUGGAUGAUAGUGAGAGUGAACAAAUGAGAGAUGAUUGCUAUGAUUCUUCUAGUUUGCCCGAUGAUGUGUCUAUUGUAAAAGUGGAAGAUAAUUUUGAAUAUGAAAGGCCAGGCAGAAGGUCAAAAAAGAUUUGGCUUGUGCCCAUAGACUUUGAUAAACUUGAUAUUCCUUCCCCUGAUUUUGAUGUCCCUAUCACAGACUACCUGUUAAGCAAGGAACAGCUUAAGAAUAUAUAUGAAAGCAGCUUGUCUAUAGGCAAUUUUGCUUCUAGGUUGCUAGUUCACUUAUUCCCUGAAUUGUUUACUCACGAAAAUUUAAGGAAGCAAUAUAAUUGUAGUGGAUCUCUGGGCAAGAAACAGCUUGAUCCCAUUAGGAUUAAAUUAAUUCGACACUAUGUGCAAAUGCUAUACCCAAGAGCCAAGAAUGAUAGAGUAUGGACAUUGGAAUUUGUUGGGAAGCUUGAUGAAAGAUGUCGUCGCAGAGAUACUGAGCAGAGACGUACAUACCAACUGCAGCGAAAAGUCCAUGUGCCAGGACCUGAAAGGAGAGAAUUUCUGACCUAUGCAAUAAACCCAGAAAGAUUUAAAGAAGAAUUUGAAGGACCGCCAUUGCCUCCAGAAAGAAGCAACAAAGAUUUUUGCAAGAUACCACUUGAGGAACUUGUUGUUCCUCCUCCAGACUUUCCUGUGCCUUCUCUGUAUCUGCUGUCUGAUAAAGAAGUAAGAGAGAUAGUACAGCAGAGCCUUUCAGUUGGUAACUUUGCUGCCAGGCUUCUAGUAAGACUUUUUCCAGAGCUCUUUACUUCAGAUAACCUCAGACUGCAAUACAAUCAUUCAGGGGCUUGUAACAAAAAGCAGCUUGAUCCUGUCAGACUGCGACUAAUCCGUCAUUACGUUGAGGCGGUUUACCCUGUUGAGAAAAUGGACGAAGUGUGGCAUUAUGAAUGUAUACCAAGCAUUGAUGAAAGAUGCAGACGUCCCAAUAGAAAAAAGUGUGACAUACUGAAAAAAGCCAAGAAAGCAAAAAAGUGAUGGGAUCUGUUGAGUUUCCAAAGAUGUUGACUAUUUAAAUUAUUUUGAAGCAGAUUGACUACUCAGUAUAUUCACUCAGCACUAGGGCAGCUGACCAGUAAAAUUGUUCUGGGUGUAGGGAAGGUACAAUCCAGUAGAAAGGUAUCUUAGAAAAUCCUAUUGAAAUGAAUGCAUAUGUUGGGAGAACAUAUUUUAUAACUCCAUUCAUUUCAGUAUGCCUUUAUGUAGACAAGGUUCUUGAUAGACAGUGCCCUUACUACCUACCUAGGUACACAAUAAGAAACUGUAAAUUAUCAGAGAUGAUCCAGUAAUAUCUCAUUUAAAUAUAAUAUUCAUCAGAGACAAUGAAUAUUGUCUCUUAAAUAGCUUUUAAAUUUUCAAUUGAUUUUUAACAGUAAGUAGUCUUCUGCUCAUUAAGGCAGUUUUCAGUAGGUAUCUUUAAUCAGUCAUUUGGAAAUUAACCAAUUUUUAAUCUUUCAAACUGUAGUUUUUGAAGUGCCAUACACUGAAAAGAAUGGAAAAUCAAGAUAGUUUCUUUCCCAAUUAUAGCUAUUCCUUGUAUUAGUUUGAAUAUCAGAAGAGUGAAAAUGUUACAAAAUCAAUGAACAGAAAAGUUAUAAUUUUUCUUUGACAGAUUUCCAUUUUGUAGCUUAAUUAAGAUUAUGAUUAUGGCAUUAUUUAAAAUGUGUGUUUAUGUUAAGAUUGUAGAACUGAUACUUCAGUUUUUAUUCAUAUAAGUUAUUUUAUUGUCUUCAGUGUGACCUCUUGAUAUAAAAACUACUGGUAUGAGUAGAGGUUGUGAAACAGAAUCCUGCCCUGUAUCAGUAGAACAUGGUGCUAUUACUUCUUGUUUUCACUACUUUUAGUAGAAGUCUUAUACAAACGAUACUUGAAUUGAAGAAUGUACAAAAACAUUUAAGCCCAUAUUAUUUUUGUCAGUAAAAUUACUGCAGCCUUUCAAAUGUUUAAGAUAUUAAAUAUAUGUACUUAUAUAUUUGAUUUUUUUUAAUUAUAUAUACUAAGGGCCCUCUCCUUGUAUGUUGAUUUGAGUUGGAAUCACUUUCUACAUAGUUAACUUCAGUUCAGGUAAUCAGGAUCAUUGAUUGUAUGUUUCUAUUGAGUAUAUCCAAACUGCAGUGAAAAAUUAACCUUUUAGCGUUGUCAUGGAGAGUGCUGCAUCAUGUCAAGGCAUUAUUCUCCUCUUUCUUUGGUAAUUAUGAAGUUCUCAUGACAGGAAAGCCCUAAACCACUGUUUUCUUAUAGGCUCUGGGUUGGUUCCACAGAAAGUUAGUUACAAUUUAGUUCUAUUAAAAUCAGCUGUGCCUAACAAGUCCCAUUAACAAGUCCAUUAUCUCGUCUCAUUGAUGUCAGUGAGACUGAAGAAUGACUAGCUUUCUCUGUAUUCAAACCACUGGAUUAUUGAAAAAUCCUUGGAGCUCUCCAGCAUUCAGUUCAGUAAAGGAAACCAAUCCUUGCCUGUGAACCACACGCAUGAUAGCUCCAUAAUAGCUCCUGGACUGGGACACUUGUCUGAUGCUAGUGUCGAUAAUUUAAUAACAGUCAUUUCUGGUCUGACACACUCAUUUGAUACUGCUGUGUGUUUACUUAGAUCAAGUUAUCAUAUAUCCAAAUAAAAUUUUAUAUUGUAGCAACUGAAUUAAAUGUGAUAUUUGAAUGCCGUUUUU